AUGGCGGACUAUACUACCAAGGAUGCGGUGGUCGAGGCCAAGGGCACGCCAGAAAUGGACGCAGACGAGUUACGAUUGGCCCAGAUGGGCCAUACUCAGGAACUCAAACGUCACUUCAGCAUCUUGUCCCUUAUUGGUCUCGCCUCAACAACCACCAUCUCUUGGACUGGACUCGGUCUGGGUAUUGUCACUGAGAUUGGUGCCGGUGGACCGGGUGCUAUUAUCUACGGCUUCAUUCUCGUGACAAUUCUGCAAAGCUUUCUCGGCGCCUCGCUGGCCGAAUUUGUGUCCAGUUAUCCGACCGAGGGUGGCAUGUACCAUUGGAUUGCUGCCAUUGCGCCAAAGAGAUACAGUGCAUUCCUAAGUUUUAUUACUGGGUGGUUGACUGUUUGCGGCUGGGUAUUCACCACCGCCUCAACGAACUUGAUCUUUGCCCAAGUUGUCCAAGCACUUUACGCUCUGUAUCAUCCGGAUCUAGUCAUCAAGACAUGGCAAACUUUUAUUAUUUACCAGAUCCUGAACUUGUUGACAGCGGCUGUGGUCCUCUUUGGCAACAAAAUUAUCCCGGCCCUUAACAGGUUCUCUCUGUUCUACCUACAGAUUGGCUGGUUGGUUGUAUUGAUCACAGUUGUGGCAUGUGCUCCAACACACCAGAGUUCCGAGUUCGUUUUCAGAACCUGGAUCAACAAUACCGGCUGGAACAAUAACGUUAUUUGCUUUAUCACUGGCUUGGUCAAUCCUCUUUACAGUCUGGGUGGACUUGAUGGUGUCACUCAUAUCACCGAGGAGAUGCCUAAUCCCUCGCGUAAUGCACCUCUUGCCAUUGCCAUCACUUUGACAAUUGCCUUCACCACUGGCUUGACCUACUUGAUUUCGCUGAUGUUCAGCGUUCAGGACUUCGGUGCCCUUUCUACUACUAAUACCGGUCUCCCCCUUGCCGAACUUUUCCGUCAGGCAACACAAUCAGCUGGUGGCGCCUUUGGUCUGACAUUUAUCCUAUUUGUUGCAUUGGGACCUUGUGUUAUUUCAUCCCAGCUGUCUACAUCACGUGUCCUCUGGGCUUUUGCUCGUGACGGUGCCAUGCCUUUCUCUGACACCUGGGCACGCGUGAGCAAGCGCUUCGAAAUCCCCUUCAACUCGCAGUUGUUGGUCGCCGCUGCCAAUGCAGCUUUGGGAUGUAUCUAUCUUGGAAGCAGCACAGCUUUUAACAGUAUGUUGGGUGCCGCUGUUACUAUCAAUAACGUCGCCUACUUAAUUCCCAUUGCCACGAACAUGCUCAUGGGUAGGUCCGGCAUGCACAAGGGCGCGUUCCAUAUGGGCAAAUGGGGCUGGAUCGUCAACGGUGUGACGGUGGCCUGGCUGCUCUUUGCAAUUGUUUUCUUCAGCUUCCCGUAUGCCAUGCCUGUCACAGUGCAGAACAUGAACUAUACAUGCGUCGUUGUUGGGGGUAUUCCUCUUCUGGUCUUGGCGUGGUGGUUCCUGGGUAGCAAGAAGUAUAAGGAUAGAAUUGCCCGCGCUAAGGAAGAGUAA